CGCCGGGGCAACGUAUCUUUCUACAUGCUGAAGGUCAUGUCCGCAGCCGGGGACGACGCGCAACGAGCUCAGGUCUCGACUUCGCAGCUCUGGGAGCUGGGACGCGUUCACUCGUUGGCUCUGCAUCCCAACAGAGGUUAUCUAUUCGGUUCGGUGUUUAAUAACAUUAAGCGGACGUUCCAACUGCUUAGGUUCACGUCGAAUGGGAAAAAUAUCACGCUGUACCCGCCGAGCAUCGGACGUCCGACCUUCCUCUCAAUAGACUACGCCGAGAACAAGCUCUACGUUCUGGACACCAACAGCUCGGCGAUCCUACGCACUGAAAUCGAGGGGUUGUCCGUCUCGAUCGACCGCGUAGCCAACGUCACAAGAGACGUCAUCCGCAACGCCACCGGUUUUCUCGUCCACGACCGGGUUAUUUACCUGAAGACACUCGCGAUGAUUUACCGCUUUGACAAGUCGACCGGCCAGCGCCUCGGCGAGCAUCGGCCGUUUCCGUACAGUCGCGACGAUAUGACCGCUAAUUUGAGAGUUCACAAUUCGCGUAUUUUCCGGGCAGACGGCGCCUCGAACCCGUGUGCCGUUGACAAUGGGGGUUGCGACAACUUUUGUUUCGCUAUACCGAAAUUGAGCGGAGGAGACCAGUUGGGAAAGCUGUGUCGGUGCUUCGACGGAGUCAAGUGCAGUACUGGGCAAAAAUUGGGGAGGGGAGUUGUGGAUGUAAAACUGUGAGGUGAUUUUUUUCGCGAAUAGGUGGAGCCACCUAUCGGUCCUCCACGAGAUGAGCCGUGAUUUUUACACACGUAUAAACGUCGUAUUUCAAACUUUUUUGAAUGCUUUACUGUAUUUUUAGACUUUAUUACAAUAAACAGGAUGCAUCAGACAAC